GCGUUAUUCAGCAGUCGUCUUCAAUAAUUGUUUCAAGUGGGAUCGAAAAGUUGAGUGGUAUUUGAUUAGAGCGCAAGACAAGCCAGCAAGAUGAAUUCGAUCAAGAAGAUUUCACCAAAAAUACUACGAAAAUUAAUGAAGACUUCACAGAUGCAGUUCACUGCAUCACUUAGUCAAUGUCCCGGGCCUUUGACCCAUUUAACAGAUGACGAAACGAUGAUGAGAGACAUGGUGGCGAAGCUAAGCAAGGAGAAGAUAGCCCCCCUAGUGAAAAAAAUGGAAAAGGAAGGCAGACUAGACGACGGUCUUGUGAAGUCCUUAUUUGAAAACGGGAUGAUGGGCAUAGAAGUUCCAACGGAAUAUGGAGGCUCUGGCAGUAAUUUUAUGUCUGCAAUUCUGGCAGUAGAAGAAUUAGCAAAAGUGGAUGGCGCUGUUGCAGCCUUUGUAGAUAUUCACAACACUCUAGUUAAUUCAUUAUUUAUAAAAAUAGCCUCGCCCGAACAAAAAGAAAAAUAUUUGACGAGAUUAGCUCAAACAGACGUUGGAAGUUUUUGUCUAACGGAACCUAGUGCAGGAUCUGAUGCUUUUUCUCUUAAGACUGUUGCAAAGAAAGAUGGUAGUGAUUAUAUAAUUAAUGGAUCCAAAAUGUGGAUCUCAAAUUCUGAUAUCGCUGGAAUUUUUAUAGUCUUUGCUAAUGCCAAUCCUGCUGAUGGCUAUCGAGGAAUUACUGCUUUCAUCAUGGAUAGGAAUUCACCAGGAGUUACAGUAGCUAAACCAGAGGAUAAAUUGGGUAUUAAGGCUUCCGGAACUUGUAUGAUUCAUUUUGAGAAUGUCAGGGUCCCUGAGACUAACAUAUUAGGAGAAUUUGGAAAGGGAUAUAAAUAUGCAGCUGGAUUUUUGAACGAGGGCCGAAUUGGAAUUGGAGCCCAAAUGAUCGGAAUUGCCCAAGGUUGUCUGGAUGCGACCAUUCCUUACACUCUGGAGAGAAAACAAUUUGGAAAAGAUGUCUUCUCAUUCCAGGCUAUGCAACAUCAAAUUGCUCAAGUCGUGACGGAAUUAGAAUGCGCCAGAUUAUUGGUUUACAAUGCUGCAAGACUAGUUGAAAACAAGCAAGAUGUUAUGAAAGAAGCUGCCAUGGCAAAAUUAUGGGCCUCAGAAACGGCUCUAAAAGUGACAGCAAAAUGUAUAGAUUUUAUGGGCGGAGUUGGAUUCACAACAUCUUUCCCUCAGGAAAAAUUCUUCAGAGAUUGUAAAAUUGGAACAAUCUACGAAGGCACGAGUAAUAUGCAACUUUCAACUAUUGCAAAAUGUAUUCGAAAACAUUAUUCUUAAUUAAUUUCCAAUUAAUAUUGACAACCUUCUUAAAGAAGGAUUAGAAAAUUUCAGUUUACCCAUCAAAUGAAAGUAUUAUUAUUAAACAAUCGCAGACAUCGUAUCACCAAAUUAAUUUCUCACAUAAUUAUAAAACGUCGGAUGUAAUUUUUUAUUUUCUACAAUUUAUUCAUAUAAUAUAGAACUGUUAAUAUUCUUAUCGCGUUAACUUUUAUAUCUGAGAGCAUCUCAAAUACUUUUAAUAGACCCAUGUAUAUAAUUUGCAUUUAUAAUUUUAUCCAAGUUUUAUUAUAAUCUGUCCAAGGAUAAGAAUAUCGUUAAAAUUUGUUAUCGUUCAAUAUCUGUUUCUUCACGCGUGUAUAAUUUGAAACGUUAUUUAUCUCAAUUUGAAAGCGUGAUUCUGUAAUGCAACUGUGAAAUUUAUUGUAAAAACAGACAAACCCUGAUCAUUCGAAGCCUCGAUAAUGAUAAGAGAAUGAACUGUAAAUGCGAGACUUUCAAGUAGAUGUCUUCCAAAAUAUUCUACAUAUUGUACAGUUAAAAAAUCACAUUUCAUUCAUUUACCGUCCGUUAAAAAUAUAUUAGAGAAUAAAUCAAUUAUUUAGCUUCUAUUCAAACUGUUUCUAUCUUCUAAUAUUAUUUGUGAUUCUUAUAGUAUCUUUUUCUUUAUGGACAUAUUUUUAUAUGAAUACUAUGUGUUUUUAUAUGUUUGUAUUUGUAAUAAUUUUAGAUCUUAGAAUUAUUAUUAGGCGAUUAACGAAAUAUUUUAGGUCAUGAUAAAUAAAGUUUGACAUUUUAUAAUAGUUUGCGCAUUAUUUAAUAAGAAACGCUUUUUUAUAAUAAAGAAGCUGUAAUUUUCUCUUUCGGAGGAUGCAAAUGUCAUAAAUAUAUACUUUUGAAUUAACGUAAUAAUUCAUGGUUUUUAUCAUAAAAAACGGCAGUUCCUCUUUUCAGGAUCGUGUAAUUGUCAAAAAUAAUUUCACUUCGAAUAACUAUAAUAAUAAAUGCUUUUUUAUUGUAUA